AUGGAUCAAGCAUCCGUCGAGGAGGUGCUUGCGACACGCACAGAGGAGAGCAUGUCUCGUGCACCGGACGCGCAGAAGCCGACCAUAGAUGCCAAGGCUAAAACAGCCUUGAAAAGCCUCAUCACCAAGAAAGGUUGGCUUGGCGACUAUGACUACGUUUUCCUGUUCAAACCGAACUUGCCGUUCAUGAAAAAAGACCCCAGACCACGACCGUUUUAUGGCCUCAACGAUGACAUGCCUAUCUUGCUUGGCCUGCUCCUGGGCCUGCAGCAUGCUCUGGCAAUGCUGGCCGGCAUCGUCACGCCGCCCAUUCUCAUGUCUGGUGUGACGGGCGUGAACCUGGGCACCGCCGACACGCAGUACCUGGUUUCGACCGCUCUGAUUGUCACUGCGAUCCUGUCGACCGUCCAGAUCACGAGAAUCAAGAUCCCCAUGAGCUCAUAUUAUCUCGGAACCGGCCUGCUGUCUGUUGUUGGCACCUCGUUCGACACCAUCCCCGUCGCUUCCGGCGUGUUCGACCAAAUGUACAAGACGGGUUAUUGCAAGACGGAUGCCAGUGGAAACAGGCUCCCGUGUCCCAAAGGCUACGGCGCCCUCCUCGGUACCACGAUGGUUACAGCGCUGCUGGAGAUGCUGAUUUCCUUUGUACCGCCAAAGUACCUCCGCAAGGUCUUCCCGCCACUGGUGACCGGACCAACGGUCAUGCUCAUCGGUGUCGCGCUCGUCCAGUCCGGCUUCCAGAGCUGGGCGGGCGGCGCUGGGCCCUGUAUGUCGCACCCGGCUUCGGGACCCUUUCAGCUGUGCCCGUCCGUCAGCGCUCCGCAUCCGCUCCCGUGGGGGUCCGCAGAGUUCAUCGGGCUUGGCUUUAGCGCAUUCAUUACCAUCAUUCUGUGCGAGCGUUUUGGAUCUCCCAUGAUGAGGUCAUGCAGUAUUGUGCUUGGCCUUUUGGUGGGCUCCAUCAUUGCCGCGGCCACUGGCUACUUUAGCGCUGCAGGAAUCGACGCUGCGCCGGCGGUCUCGUUCAUAUGGGUCAAGACUUACCCCUUGUCCGUGUACGGCCCUGCCGUGCUGCCCUGUCUCGCGCUGUACGUGGUUAUUCUGAUGGAAGCAAUCGGUGACAUUACUGCGACUUGCGAUGUUUCCAAGCUGGCGGUCAGCGGCAAAGGGUUUGAUUCUCGCGUUCAGGGUGGCGUGCUCGCAGAUGGCCUCAACGGUCUUCUUGCCGGCCUCUGUACCAUUACCCCUAUGAGUGUUUUUGCCCAGAAUAACGGUGUCAUUGCUUUGACGAACUGCGCCAACAGGACGGCUGGAUAUUUUGCCUGUUUCUGGCUGCUCAUUUUUGGCAUCUUUGCCAAGAUUGCUGCCGCGCUUGUUUCCAUUCCAGACCCUGUCUUGGGUGGUGUCACAACGUUUCUGUUUGCAAGCGUCGCGGUAUCCGGUAUCCGUGUCGUGAGCACUAUUGAAUUUACUCCCCGAAACCGAUUCAUCUUGGCCUGCUCUCUCGCGCCCGGUCUGGGAGCAAUUCUCGUGCCCAACUGGUUCAGUUUCUUCUUUACCUACCAGGGUGGUGGCGCCAAAGGUGGCCUGCUGAGCGCAGUCCAGGUGGUUAUGGAAACGGGAUUUGCAGUCACGGGCUUUGUAGCUGUCAUCCUCAACCUUGUGAUUCCUGAGGACAAACCGGAUGAAAGUGGUGUCGCACAUAAAGAGCACGCGAUGGGCCUUCCAAAGACCGUCAAGGCCAGUUGA